AUGGUCCACUGCGCCGGCUGCGAGAGGCCUAUUCUGGACCGCUUUCUGCUCAACGUGCUGGAUAGAGCCUGGCACGUCAAGUGCGUGCAGUGCUGCGAGUGCAAAUGUAAUUUGACAGAGAAAUGUUUUUCUCGAGAGGGGAGACUGUACUGCAAAAAUGAUUUCUUUAGAAGGUUCGGCACGAAGUGUGGCGGCUGUUCGCAGGGCAUCUCUCCCAACGACCUGGUCCGGAGGGCCCGCAGCAAAGUGUUCCACCUCAACUGCUUCACCUGCAUGAUGUGCAACAAGCAGCUCUCCACCGGCGAGGAGCUCUACGUCAUAGACGAGAACAAAUUCGUUUGCAAAGACGAUUACCAAAACAAUGCCAGUGUAAAAGACUCCAACCUCCUCUCAGUAACGGCAUGCAGCGACCCCAGUUUAUCACCGGACUCUCAAGACCAGCUACAGGAAGAAGUGGUUCUAAAGGACACGGAGAUAGCCGCCCUGUCCGACAAAGAAACGGUGAAUAACGAGAACGACGACCAGAAUCUCGGCGGGAAGCGGCGCGGCCCGCGGACCACCAUCAAGGCCAAACAGCUGGAGACGCUGAAGGCGGCGUUCGCUGCCACCCCCAAACCCACCAGACACAUCAGGGAGCAGCUGGCCCAGGAGACCGGCCUCAACAUGAGGGUCAUACAGGUCUGGUUCCAGAACCGACGUUCCAAAGAGAGGCGCAUGAAGCAGCUGAGCGCGCUGGGCGCCCGGAGACAUGCGUUCUUCCGGAGCCCAAGGCGGAUGAGGACGCUAGUGGACAGGCUGGAGCCCGGGGAGCUGAUCCCCAACGGGCCCUUCUCCUACUAUGGAGAUUAUCAAAGCGAGUACUACGGCCCAGGAGGGAACUAUGACUUUUUCCCUCAGGGGCCUCCGUCGUCGCAGGCCCAGACCCCAGUCGAUCUCCCAUUCGUGCCCUCCUCAGGCCCCACGGGCACCCCUCUCGGAGGUAUGGACCACCCCCUGCCAGGCCACCACCCCUCCAGCGAGGUGCAGCGCUUCUCUGAUAUAAUGUCCCACCACCCGGGGGACUCUCCCAGCCCAGAGCCCGGCAUCCCAGGACCCAUGCACGGCAUCUCCUCCGAUGUGUUUGGCCCUAGUCCGCCCUUUACCUCACUGUCGCUCAACGGCAGCGGAUACAGCAACCACCUGUCCCACCCGCCCUCGGAAAUGAAUGAGGGCACAGUGUGGUAG